AUGGCACCGUUGUGGAAAGCGAUCGUUCAAAUGUCCCUUUUAGGAGCAGUUUUCUGGAUGUCGGUCGGCGCACAGGCGGCGUUCGGUGGACGGCUAACUGACGACGUGGAAAUCAUUGACCCGACGGUGGGAUUUGGCCCGGGCGGUGGCACCGGAAGUGGUAUUCCACUCGGACCGAGAGGCUUUCGAGGAUUUGAAAUUCUGCCGAGGCCGGAACCAUCCUGGAAGGCAGGCGCCACCCUGGUGGCGGAUAAUCCGGAGCAGCAAAUCAUGGGUACGAUAACGUUUCGUCAGUGGGCACCGGGCCACGUGGAAACGGCCAUCAACGUCACCGGCCUACCGGUCGGCAAGCACGCGGUACACGUCCACGCAUUCGGAGAUAUGCGCGAGGGUUGCAAGUCAACCGGGCCGCACUUCCGCAGCAGUAUUAUUGGUAACAUCGAUGUGAAGGAGGACGGCAAUGCGAUGAUUGAUUUCCACAGUCCGUACAUUAACUUGUUCGGAUUCGCGGGCAUCGUCGGGCGUUCGAUCGUGAUACACGAGAAGCCGUCGGAAGUCUACCGGUUUCCGGACCUAUCGAUCAACAAUCCGAUCUCGUUCCAGGGCGAAGAGGAUACGGUUGGGGGGCGCAUCGCCUGUGGCAUUAUAACUAUCCUGGACAACGUUGCCCAGUAG